AUGAACUCUGCAAAGCCUACUCUUGGCUUCGCCGGACUUGGCAAGAUGGGCCACGCCAUGGCCACCAACCUCGCCAAGGCCGGCUACCCCUUGAAGGUUUACAACCGCACCUUCAGCAAGGCGCAGUCCCUCGAGUCCCUUGGUGCCACGGCAGUCCGCACGCCGGCCGAACUCGGUGAUGUGGACAUCGUAUUCACCAUGACGAACGACGCGCACGCGCUGCAGGAGAUACUAUUCGAUGGGGGUCUGCUGGAGGCGAUGAGCAAAGCGGCAGCGGCGGCGCCGAAUCGAUCGGUGCGGCCCCUGCACGUGAGCUGCGCGACGCUGCCGGUGGACUUCGUGCAGGAGAUCGUGCAGAAGCACACGGACAGCGGGGUGGACUACGCGGCGAUGCCCGUGAUUGGCCGCCCCGACGCCGCUGCAGCCGGCAAGCUGCACCUCCUCUUCGCCGGCAGCCCGGACGUACGCACCCGCCUGGAGCCGGUUGUGGUGCCGGCUGUGGGGCAGACUUUCCGCGACUACGGCGCCGAGCCGCAUCGGGCAAACGUGAUGAAGAUCUCCUUCAACAUGAUGUUGAUGGUGGCGAUCGAAUCGAUUUCGGAAGGGUCCGCGCUGGUGCAGCGCUACGGCAUGACGUCGCAUGAGUUUACCUCCCUCCUGUCGGAGACGUUGUUUGACUGCACGGCCUAUCGCGGCUACGGCAGCAUUAUUUCCAACCGUGCGUUUCUGCCGGCGGGUGCCUCGUUGACCGGCGUGGGGUUGAAGGACACGAUGCUCGCGUUGAGGACGGGGGAGCAGGCCCGGGUGCCGCUGCCCUACGCCUCCGUGGCCCGCGAUCACCUGCUAGAUGCAAUAGCAAACGGCAUGGGCGAAUGGGAUUGGUCCGCCGUGGCGGUGGUGGCGGAGCAGCACGCCGGGCUGACACCGACACCCGCACCGAUACCCGGGCAGAAGCGCGAGUGA